AUGAUUAGUAGGAAACCUGUGAAGGUGUUUUCAAAAACGGUACCAGUUGAAAUUAAUUUAUAUAUUUUAUCUCUUAAAGAGCUGGAUAUGAAAUCGCAAAUAUUACACAUCGCAUCUUGGUUAGAAGUCAAAUGGACUGACGAGCAUCUUUCAUGGAAUUCUAGUGAAUUCUCUAACAUCAAGUAUCUCCGACUACCUGCGGACAAAGUUUGGGUUCCAGCCGUCUGUAAUCUGCAAGAAAUCUCAGGCAAAAAAUGUUUGACCUACGGGUCAGUUAAAAACACUGGCAGUGAAGUUGGUGUUGAAAGCUCAGGUCUUGUGACCUUGGCAGAAACGAUUGAAAGCAUUGUUAGCUGUUCAUUUAAUGUUCAGAAGUUUCCCUUUGAUACUCAGACAUGUAAGUUAAACUUUUUCUCCCCAAAUUCUUAUUUACAGAAUACAAAUCUCCUUUAUAACCAGACCAGUUUUCAAUCAGGAUACUAUAUACCAAACGAGGAAUGGGAUUUAGUGUCAACAAUUGUGGAAGGAGACACUGAAUACAAUCUUUAUUUAGUCAUUACGUUUCGAAGAAGGCCUUUAUUUCCAACUUUUUGCUUUCUGUUGCCAACUGAAUCUGGAGAGAAAAUGGGAAUGUCUAUGGCUAUAUUUUUAACUUUUGCCGUGUUCGGAAGCAUGAUUAGUAGCUCAAUGCCAAAGAACUCGGAACACAUCACCUGGUUUAGCGUGUACGUCACAACUCAGAUUAUUCUUAGUGGUUUCAGUGUUAUCAUGGAAACAGCUGUUUUACACAUGCAUUACAAGGAUGUUGUUUUAUCAUAAGCAGUAGAUUAAGUAGAUGACGUUGCUCUUAACAAUGGCGCUUUGCAUGAAUUGUUUAAAAUUCUUGAUUGUGUAAUUAAGAGAGACAAUCAAUACAAGAAACAAGAAAACAGGAUGGGUAGAGCGGAAAGAUUGAUAAAGGAAUGAUGAUCUUCAGUAUUUGCACAAACAUAGUUUCAUUCUGUACAUGUGCAAUAUUUGUUCUGCGUUAAAUUAAAAUUUUAGUUUUCGUUUUCGGUGAUUUAGGAUAGGAAUUUGAAAAAUCAAUUCAUAUUGUUAAAAAUGUUCGUGGAAUUGAGCUUUCCCAAAAUAUUAUUAAUAUACAUGUACAUUUGGAAAACAUUAUACUUUUUAAGUAAUAAGUUUUUCUGUUUCGCUAAACCUGUCUUAUAGAACAAUAUUUUAUUGAUAUUUCAUAGCGUGAUGUA